AUGAAUUUCUACAGGGACGCAACAUGGGUGCUAGAGGAUAUUGAGAAGGAGGCUGCGAAGGUGAGAAUUUCUGGUUCUAUGCAGACGCUAGUGCUGAAGAGCUGUAAAAGAUACAAGUUGAAAAGUAAUCCUAAACACAUUUAUGCUGUGCUCGAUUCGUGCUGGAAAUAUAAGCCAUAUUUGGAAAAAGUGAUGAAAAAAGCACGCAUACUGGAGGAAAUCCCUAAGAAAAAGGGCAAACCUCUCUUUUCAAGACUAACAUUAUUAUUACUGUGCCAUGAUUUGUUACUCUCUAAACAAAAAAGAAUUCAGAUGGGUAAGCAUCCCAUCAAAGAAUACGUAUUGAAGUUCAAGAGCCCAUUACAUAGCGAAAUGGUCAAAUUAAAGCUGAAGUUGAAGGUAAGAGACUUAUCUGAGUUGGUUCUAAGUGAAGACAUUGUCAAUGAUCUUCCACCUGUUAGAUGGAUUAGGAUCAACCCAUUGAAGUGCCAUCCAGAUGGGAAUACAGAACCUGUAUUGGCUGAACUGAAAAAGAAAUUUACUCAGAAGGUGGACAAUUGGUCUGAGUUAGUACCCGGUUCCAUCUAUUAUGAUGAAUAUAUACCUAAUUUGUUUGGUAUUCAUCCAACAGACAAAAUUACAGCACACGAAUUGUAUAAGCAUGGGAAGAUUAUUAUUCAAGAUCGAGCUUCUUGUUUCCCAGCUCACAUUUUGCAUCCGGGGAGUAAUGAUAUUGUCAUAGAUGCGUGCUCUGCUCCAGGUAAUAAGACAACUCAUACAGCCUCCUAUAUAUUCUCCGAACCACCAAAGGACAAGAACAUUCAAAUAUAUGCUUUUGAAAAGGAUCCCGAAAGAGCAAAAAUUUUACAGAAAAUGAUAAAGAUAGCUGGCUGUUCUUCUAACAUCGAUGUCAACGUGGGUGAUUUCACAAAAUUGGCUACUCCAGAAAAAUGCAAGGGUGUCACUGGAUUUAUUAUAGAUCCAAGUUGCUCUGGUAGUGGUAUCUUUGGUCGUAAGUUUUUCGAUUCGCUUAAUAGAAGGAAAAUUGAUGAAAAGGAUGAUGAAGAUGAUGUUGUACCAGAUGAACAGGAGGAGUUUAUGGCGAAAGAAGAAUUGCAGACAAGACUAGCAAAACUGAGCUCAUUUCAGUUCCAGAUGGUGAAACACGCAAUGAGUUUCCCAAGUGCUAAAAAAAUAGUAUACAGCACAUGUUCCAUUCAUGCGGAAGAAAAUGAACGUGUUGUGAUAGACCUUCUACUAGAUAAGGCCGUUCAAGAAUGGGGUUGGGAGGUAGAAUCAAGAACUGAAGUUGUUCCUUCUUGGCCUAGACGAGGCAAAGUAGAAGAAUUCGAAGAGGUCUUCAGGGACGGAAGCGCCCAUGACCCGCAACAACUCGCUGAAGGCUGCAUUAGAGCUCUACCGAAAGAAGAUGGUGGUAUUGGCUUCUUUACUGUCUGCUUUGUGAGGAAAUAA